GCGAGUCCCUGCCCGCCGCCCGCGGUGAGGGUGGAGGCGCCCGCUCCCGGCGGUGCUGCGCCGCUGUUAGCGGCCUGGGCCGGGCAGUGCCCUCUGCCGACGGCGCGGGAGCAGCGCCGCGGGCUCGGUGCUCCCGAGGAUCGAUGCCCGCCUGCGCCGGGCCGUGCCCGAGCUGUUCUCUGCCGGCCCACCCGGCCGCCCCCGCCCCGGGCACUCCCUCGCCCUGCGCUGCUCCUUCGUCGCCGCUCCCAGCCUCUUCUCCCGCGGUGCGGUACCGGCGCUUUCCCGGCCUCAUCCUGGCCUCGUGCCCACCCCUUUUCCCCGCGGGGUCUCCGAGAUGAACACACGCUUCCCGAAAGGGUUCGCCCCGGCGUGGCUUUCCACGCUGAACGGAUUAGAGUGUAAAAAAAUGGAUUUGGCCAACCAUGGACUUAUUCUGCUGCAGCAACUAAAUGCUCAGAGAGAGUUCGGUUUCCUGUGUGACUGCACUGUUGCCAUUGGUGAUGUCUACUUCAAGGCACACAAAUCAGUCCUCGCUUCUUUCUCCAACUACUUCAAGAUGUUGUUUGUUCAUCAAACCAGUGAAUGUGUCCGUUUGAAAGCAACUGACAUACAGCCAGAUAUCUUCAGUUAUCUCUUGCAUUUGAUGUACACUGGGAAGAUGGCACCACAACUCAUUGACCCAGUUCGACUAGAACAGGGAAUAAAGUUUCUGCAUGCAUAUCCACUAAUUCAAGAGGCCAGCCUUGCAAGUCAGGGAACUUUUUCUCACCCGGAUCAAGUUUUUCCAUUAGCGUCUUCAUUAUAUGGCAUUCAGAUUGCAGAUCACCAGAUAAGACAUCCCACUAAGGUUACAUCAGCGACUGACAAACUCGGGCGAGAACCAAGGCCACAGACAUCGCGGAUGAACCAAGAGCAGGUUUCUGAAAGCUCACAGCUCUCGCAGUUAGCCACAACUCUGCCACAAGUGACCCGGACAAAUAUGUCCACUUCUGACCCAUUGCCAUCUUCUUUAUCUCCAGAAUUGGUAUCUGCUGCUGGUAAUAAUUCACCUGCAGGAGAAGAGGCCAACAUGGAAGCAUCUUCUUCAGAUGAACAGCCUGCCUCACUCACAAUAGCACAUGUCAAGCCAAGCAUUAUGAAAAGGAACGGAAGCUUCCCAAAAUACUAUGCCUGUCACCUCUGUGGUCGCCGGUUCAAUUUACGAAGCAGUUUGCGUGAGCACCUGCAAAUCCACACGGGAGUUCCCUUCACAUCUAGCCAGCAGGGAGAAAGUAAUAUUUCUUUGUCUCUCUGUAACAACACAGCUGAUAAAGAUGCAAUGGAAGUGCCUGAAGCAGGGAUGAUUAGUGACAGCGAGUUGCAGCAGAUCUCAGACUCCCCAAUAAUUGAUGGGCAGCAGCAGUCAGAGACACCUCCCCCCUCUGAUAUCGCAGACAUUGACAACUUGGAGCAGGCAGAUCAAGAGAGGGAGGUAAAGAGACGGAAAUACGAGUGUUCCAUCUGUGGUCGCAAAUUUAUUCAGAAAAGCCACUGGAGGGAGCACAUGUACAUACACACAGGCAAGCCCUUCAAGUGUAGCACUUGUGACAAAAGCUUUUGUAGAGCUAACCAGGCUGCCAGACACGUGUGCCUAAACCAGAGCAUGGACACAUACACAAUGGUGGAUAAACAGACUCUGGAACUCUGUACCUUUGAGGAAGGUAGUCAAAUGGACAACAUGUUAGUACAGACCAACAAGCCCUACAAAUGUAACUUGUGUGACAAAACGUUUUCAACUCCCAAUGAAGUAGUCAAGCAUUCGUGCCAAAAUCAAAACUCUGUCUUUACACUAGAAGAAGAUCGCUCCAUUCUGCUAGGUGGUGGGGACACAGAAGCCACAGAGACUGAUAACGCAGUGUUAGCCUCCAUCAAAAAGGAGCAAGAAGCAGUGUUGUUAGACUGAAUGUGAAACCUAUAUCAAUUUUUUAAAGUUUCUUUACUCAUUUUUUAUUAAAUCAAUUUUUUCCUUCCCUUACCUCUUACCUCACUUACCCCUUCCAUCUUUUCCACCAACAUCCUUCCCACCCUUUGUCUUCAGCAACCAGAACUGUACUGGCACAUUAGGAAAUUGGACUUUGCCUCUCCCACCAAAACAAACAAAAAGCUCUUGCAUCAAACCACAACGAAAUUGAUUUUAAUGCAAAGGAACAUGUGAAAAAUAAUCCAGCUAACUAUGUUGAUAGUAUUAGUUAAUCCAAAUUUCAUAGAUUUUAAAUUAAAUUUAGAUUGCUUAAAAGUGUAUUUAGAUACAGUGAUGAGUGUAACGAGAAACAGAGUUACCAGUUUGGUAAGUGAAGGAUAUAUGUAUUUUAGUUUCCCUGGUAGAAGGCAUUUUGAGAUCUGGCAAAAUAAACACCAUGCUUUUUACAAGUCCACAUGCAAGUUGAUUAAGGUUAUAACCUAAAGCCCUCAGAACUUUUCUCAAGGAGAGCAAAAGUCUCUGUUCAUUGAGUUAAAAAGAGCUGAAGGAGUUGGGUUUCUUUUAGCCAUAUAUUUUCCCUCCAGUAUGCCUUUGGGUAUCUGUUUUGGAGUCAAGCAAAGCAGCUGCUUAGCCAAAUUUUGACUUAAGUAGCUAUAAUAGUAAUGUGAUGGCAAUCUUUAUAUAUAUAAAUACUGUGUAUAUAUAAAGAUAUAUACAUAUAUAUAUAUAUAUAAAGUGUUUGUGUGUAUAUUUGGUACAGGUAAAUAAACGCACACAUCCUUUUUAAGUAACUGGCCACCUACUCUCAGAUUCAGCCUGGAAUGUCUUUUAGUCAUUUGGUAAAACUAGUCAUUGCACAGGUUAGUUUUAAUCAAAUGUAAAACGUCCUGGGCUGUGUGCGUUUUUAUUGACCUGUUGAAGAGAAGCUAAUAAGUGUUGUCACCCAAGCUACCAAGGAAACUAGGGAGGUGACAUACUGGUGAGCACUGCACCAUCAUUAGUGCAGCACAUGCAUGUGUUAUUAGCUAUAGGUUUGAGUCAUUCUGGAUGAAAGGAGAGAGAAAAGCUUUAUUCCCUUACUCUGGCAAGGAGCGUCCAUGAUUUCAUUUGUUCUGAUGGCAUGAGUUAAGAGGGAGAAAAAACAGUGUUCUAGCAACAGGUGAUCAUGGUUGUUUUAAAGUGAAUCUGUAGUGCUGGCUGGCAAAUUGUGAGAGCCCUGUUAUUUUGAAUGCCAAGACAAAGUCUGCAAAAAGUGAGAGGAUGACUUCUGUAGUUUUGGUUACUGCUGAUAGUCGCACUGCAUCUUUGUGUUAAAAAUCAAGUUGUUGAUUUUUUAUUAUUUCAAAUAGAUGCCCAGAUUUUUUGCUGGUAGCCUAAAAACCUACACUGACGGCAGCAGUGAAGCCCACCGAGCAAUUACUGGGCCAACAGAAGGUGUAAGUGGACAGAAAAAGUGCCCCGUCAUAAAUGGAGACAGUGUGUGUUUUGGGGGGAGGGGUGGGAGAGGGCAAGUCACAAACCACAGCUCUUCUCUGUGUAUAUGUUUAAACUGAAUAUCAUCUUUUUGUGUAUAGUUAAGUUCUCAGAUUUGUAAGUUUUUAUACAUUAUUUCAUUGAAUAAAAACUGAAUUAAAUGGGA